AUGCCACCUGAGCAUCAGUCGUCGUCAUCAUCGAAGGGCCAAUCGAUGGGAACGCUCAGCCUCUCCCAAACUGCCUUUCCUGCCCUCUUCGCACCCCGCACAAUCUUCCCACCAACCUCCUUCGCUUUUCGCACAACCUUUCCACCAACCGCCUUUGCUUUCCGCACAAUCCUCCCACCAACCGCCUUCGCUUUCUGCACACCGGCACCGAUGGCGUGCUUGGCACCGUUCGCAAUUCUCGGUCCGUGCCUCUUCGCCAACUCCCAGGCACCUCGCACUAUCGGCUUCACGGGAAUUCGUGCAGGUGCCAGCACCUCCCCCUCCUCGACGCUGUCCUCUGUCAGGUCAGUCGACGUCGAGCGAGAUCCAUCAGCUCCACCUCAUCCUCUUGCCGAAGAUGGAAGGAUGCGGCGAGUGCAGCGAGACUGA